AUGUUAAAAGUCUUAAAUGAUGUUAUUAAAAUUGUAAAUUACAUUAAAUCUCGGCCAUUGAAAACAAGGAUUUUUGAAACUAUUUGUAAGGAAAUGGGUUCGGAUCAUAUACAUUUAUUGCUACAUACAGAAGUAAGGUGGCUAUCACCACCUCAAGUGUCAAGGAAAUCCAAUAUUAAAGAACUACAACAACUUAUAAUUGAACAUCUUAUAUUACUCGAAGAAAAAAUUGAACAUUAUUUUCCAUCAUUGACAACAUCUGUAGAUUGGGUCGUGUUGCCAUUUGAGAAUGAACUUGAUCUUACAAAUGACGAAAAGAAUGAAUUCAUUGAUAUGUGUUUUAGUUCUACUAUUCGAAUAUUAUUUAAUAGUCAAAAAAAUAACAAGGAUUCCUUUUGGUUAAAUUUAGCUUCAGAAUAUCCAGCUAUUUCUCAGAAAGCGAUACUAUUGUUAUUGCCAUUUUCCACAUCAUAUCUUUGUGAACAGGCAUUUUCUGCUCUGAACAAUAUAAAAACAAGUAGUAGAAACCGUUUGAAAAAUGUUGAACCUGAUUUGUGUCUUGCUGUUUCAACUGUUUCACCCCGAAUAGAGGAAUUAUGUAAAAAAUACCAGUCUCAAAUAUCACAUUAA